CAACAAUCUUUCCUCUCAAAGUCCUCUCUAAUAUCUCAUUUUCUAGUAGUGAGUGUAGCGAACGUGGCCCCGUGGAUUACCACCGUUGGUGCGGGAACCUUGGACCGAGACUUUCCCGUGGAGCUUCGUCUCGGAAACCGGAUGAAAUAUCCGGGCCUUUCAUUUUAUAAUAACAACCAUACUCUUCCCGCCGGAGAGAUGCUCCCGUUCGUGCAUGCUGGAAACGUCAGCAGCAGCGGCAACUCCACCGCCGCGGGUUUCUGUUUGGAAGGCACUCUCGAUCCAAAAAAGGUGCAGGGCAAAAUAGUAUUUUGCAAUCGCGGAGAGAAUGGCAGGGUUGCCAAGGGUAAGGUGAUCAAAGCAGUAGGUGGAAAAGGAAUGGUGUUGGCAGACGGGAUAACGGAUGUGUUUCCGGUGGCAGAUGUCCAUGUACUGCCAGCAAUAGCGGUAGAUUAUGAAACCGGCAAAGAGAUAGAGAAGUACCUGCUAUCAUCGUCGGGUAGUGGUAAUAAUAAUGGUAAUAACACGGCCAAAGCCGCAACAGCUACAAUGACCUUCUAUGGGACGAGGGUAGGGAUGAAACCAUCGCCCGUUGUCGCAUCGUUCAGCUCGAGAGGCCCGAAUCCUAUAACCCCGGAGAUUCUCAAGCCGGAUUUGAUUGCACCAGGAGUCAAUAUAUUGGCCGCGUGGACCGGCGGGGUAAGUCAAACCAAGGUAGAAAACGAUCCCAUUGUCGAUUUCAACAUCGACUCGGGGACCUCUAUGUCUUGUCCUCACGUCAGUGGCAUCGCAGCAGUGCUCAAAGCAGCCAACCCGGAAUGGAGCCCGGCAGCAAUCCGGUCCGCUCUCAUGACAACGGCCUAUAUGCAAUACCCCGAUGGCGCUGGCACGCUGAUUGACGAUGCCACGAGAAAGCAAGCCACUCCAUUUGAUUUCGGUGCAGGCAUGGUCAGUCCCGGGCUGGCACUCAACCCGGGACUUGUCUAUGACAUGAACUCAAGAGACUACCUCCAUUUCCUCUGCCCCUUGAACUACACCUCCAAGCAACUCCAAACUCUCACUAGGGACAAAUCCCUCACAUGUGAUCCCAAGGAGAUUUAUAGCCUCACUCAUUUGAACUACCCUUCAUUCGCCAUUACUUUUGCUUUACAUAAGGGAGCCGCCGUCAUCCAGCAGCCAGCAGUCACGCACGUCAGAACACUGACCAACGUAAGAGACACUGUCGAGUCCUACAAAGUCUCUGUUAGCUUACCAACCUCCUCCUUCGUCAGCAUCUCCGUUGAGCCAGAGAUCCUAAGUUUCAACGGGAAAAAGGAUAAGAAAUCGUACAACGUAACGUUCAUCUCUAACAACAAACCACCACCAAAAAAUACCAAUGUUUUCGGAGUUAUCAAGUGGGUCUCUAGCGAUGGAAAGACCACGGUUCAAAGUCCUGUGGCCGUUUCUUGGUAUUACGACUCUUGAUCGACGAUCCAUCUUUAAACACACAACCGAACAACUAUCCAUAUGUGAUCCAUAACCACCUCAUGCAUGCUAUAUAUGGAAUUUGAGGGAUUAUUACACAACCAGAUCGAGUCAUCAUAGGUAUUUCGUUCGUACUGUAGUGUAUGAUAAUUAUGCCUGGAUAUCUUUUUUUUGUCCUAAAUUUUAGUGUACGUCUUUCUUUUUGGUUCUUAUAAGGUCGUCUUCAGUCUAGUUUCAAAGUUGUGGGCUUUGGUUCUUGAUCCUACAUAUACUAUUUCACUUGUGUCUUGUGUGUUUGUUGUAACGUCAUUGUUAUGGAGGAAUAUGCAACUUAUUAAUUGUUUUUCUUGGUGAAA